UCAUUGGGUACCAAGCUUUCAACUUCAUUUAUACAAAACGCAGCAAUGGAUCUCUUCAUACUUCUGGUGAUAUGUCUUUCUUGUUUGAUUCCUUUCUUUCUGUGGAAUUGUAACCGUGCCAGAGGGAAGCUGCCGCCUGGCCCGACUCCUCUCCCAAUCAUUGGAAAUAUUCUACAGAUAAAUACUAAGAAUGUCAGCAAAUCCCUAAGGAAGCUAGCAGAGAGUUACGGCCCUGUGUUCACUGUCUAUUUCGGCAUGAAGCCCACGGUGGUGUUAUAUGGACAUGAAGCGGUGAAGGAAGCCCUGAUUGAUCGGAGUGAGGAGUUUUCUGGCAGAGGCGGUUUCCCAGUGGUGGACUUCAUCAGCCGGGGAUUAGGAGUUGUUUUCAGCAGUGGAGAAACAUGGAAGCAAACCCGACGUUUUUCCCUCACGGUUUUGCGGAAUAUGGGCAUGGGAAAGAGGACUAUCGAAGAGAGAAUUCAAGAGGAAGCCUUGUGUCUGGUGGAAGCGUUAAAAAAAACCAACGCAUCUCCCUGUGAUCCUACUUUUCUUCUGGGCUGUGCUCCCUGCAAUGUCAUCUGCUCCAUUAUUUUCCAGAAUCGUUUUGAGUAUGGCGAUAAAACAUUGUUAACCUUGAUAGAGUAUUUUCACGAAAACCUCCUAAUUUCAAGCACCCCCUGGAUACAGCUCUACAAUGCUUUCCCUCUUUUAAUACAUUACCUUCCAGGAAGUCAUCAUGUGUUAUUUAAAAACAUUGCUAAACAAUUUGAGUUUAUUAAGGAAAAAAUAAAAGAACACCAAGAAUCCCUGGACUUCAGUAACCCUCGGGACUUUAUUGACUACUUCCUGAUCAAAAUAGAAAAGGAAAGACACAAUAAACAGUCCGAAUUUACCAUGGACAACCUGAUCAUUACCAUAUGGGAUUUGUUUAGUGCAGGAACAGAGACAACAAGCACCACCCUGAGAUAUGGACUCCUGAUGCUGCUGAAGUACCCGGAGGUCACAGCUCAAGUCCAGGAAGAGAUUCACCGUGUGGUUGGCAGACACCGGAGCCCCUGCAUGCAGGACAGGAGCCGCAUGCCCUACACAGACGCUGUGGUGCACGAGAUCCAGAGAUACAUUGAUCUCGUCCCCAACAGUCUCCCACAUGCAGUGACUCAGGACAUUAAGUUCAGAGAAUACCUUAUUCCCAAGGGCACAACUAUAGUAACAUCUCUGACUUCCGUCCUGCACGAUGACAAAGAGUUUCCCAACCCAGAUCGCUUUGAUCCUGGCCACUUCCUGGAUAAAAGUGGCAACUUUAAGAAGAGUGACUACUUCGUGCCCUUCUCUGCAGGAAAGAGAGCUUGUGUUGGAGAAGGCCUGGCCCGCAUGGAGCUCUUUUUACUACUGACCAGCAUUUUACAGCAUUUCACCUUGAAACCUCUGGUUAAUCCAAAGGACAUUGACACCACCCCCAUUGUCAAUGGGUUGGGCAGUGCACCGCCCGUCUUUAAGCUCUGUUUCGUCCCUGUCUGAAGAAAGGCCAGGCUGCCAGAUGGCAGAGCCACACUCUGGCCUCACCUGAAUAUGCCAGAUGCUUUCUGUCCUGUGUGUUAGCCACUGUCCACCUCUCCUUUCACAUCAGGGAGGGCAUUCCUGACCUUGUCUCUUCUCAUUGUCUUCAUCUUUUAAAAUUCAGUUCAAAUUUGCCCGCAUGAAACAAAACUCAGUCUUAGCUUCCAAUUAAAUUGUGUACCCAAUCCUGAGAUCUUAUGUUGUAUCUCAUCUGCAGUCUGUACCACGGUAAGACACCUUAUUCACAUCAUAUUUUCUUCUAUUAAAAAUUAUCCCACAAGUUAAAAGAAUUUUUAAAAAUAUAUGAUAUUCACUCAUUUCUAACCCCUAUGUCUUGAUAGUUUGGCAUGUGUAAUUUUUGGGUUUUUCCCAGUGGUUAUUAAAAAAUAAAUGUGUGUGGUACACGUUUGUGUAGGGAGGCACGUGUAAGUAUGUACAUGCAGUGAGAAAACAGGAUGGUAAUUCCAGCCAGAGGCAAUAACACGAAUUUGUUGGUCUCUCUAAGGAUGCCCUUCCUGUUUUCCCUUACUGGUUAAACACACAGUUGGAGACACAUACAUACACAGACAUAGACAAAGAAGGCAAAGAAGAGGGAAAGAUAAUAUGUAUAUAUGGUUUUAUUCAAAUACAGAAAUAUGUGUUUUAUGUAUAUGUGUUGCAUGUAUAAAUAAAUAAAUAAAUUUCUGUAUGAUAUACCUAUGAUUUAUGGUGACAUUCAUGUAAUAACAUUAUAGAAAUAAUAACAUUACAGAUAUUUUUACAAGUAGUAUAACUAUAAUGCCCUGUUGCAUGGCUACAAUAAUUUUAAAAAUUGUCUUCUUAAUCAAGGAUAGAUAAUUUUUGAGCUUUUGUUAGUAUAACAAUCCUACUAUAUGCAUAGAUCUUUCAUUAUUCUUCAGGAAUAGAUGUGACGUGGCUGCACAUAUAUGUGCACUUUUAUUUUUCAUAGAUACUAAAGCACAGCACACAAAAAAUUAUGUAUCUGUUUACUUUUCUAUCAUGAAUGUAAUAAAAAGAUUUUUUGA